AUGAAGCGCACAUUAUGCCGAGANAUUAAUACCACUAAAAGUGGUAAGUAUAUGAAUCCAACUGACCAAGCCAGAAAAGAGGCUAGGAAGCUUGAAUUAAAAAAGAAUAAAAAACAACGGCAAAUGGUAAGGGCUGCAGUUCUUAAAGGCAAGGACCCCUAUCAAAUAUUAGAAGUAAUGGAAAAAAUUGACCAGAUGGAAUUUAAUGUGUAUCAGCCAUCACCGUUAAAUGAGAAAGUGUUAAAAGAUAAACGAAAAAAACUGCGCGACACAUUAGAAAGGGUAUUAAAUAUGUAUUAUCGCGAUGACCCAGACAAGUGGGCAGACUUAAAGAAGAAACAAAACGACUAUGAACAUAAAAGAAUCCAACUUGUUGCGUUUUAUGAAUCUGUGAAGUCAGCACAACAAGUUUCUGUUGAUGAAAUUCCUUUACCGCAAAUGCCUGAACAAACUGCGUCAAACAUAACUUCCCAAAUACCUUUGCCAACUGAAAGGAAACCUGAACAUACAAUAUAUUCAAUUGCAACAGCCCUAAAGCUGCAAGCAUUGGGUCAACCAAUUCGAGAACCGCCGGGGUGUCCUCCUGGUCCACCUCCAGAUAUCAAUAGCGACGGAGAGGAGGUUGAAUAUGCCAAAGAGCAAUCUAAAACUGCGGAUCACGAAAAUGGGAUAACGUUGGAUGAGGAUGGUGAAAGUAUUGGCGGCAAUAAUCUGUCUUCGAAACCGACUUCCGUUCAGCAGAAAAUGGUUGCUAUUUCCGGCCAGAGUAUAAGCGAUUUUAUGAAAGAGAUGGAAUCCGUUCAGAAAAAGAAAGACGGUAACGAUAGUCUGUUAGAAGAAAAAGAUGAUAGUAGUACGAAUAAGGGAUCGGAAAUCGAUACUCCCGCUCCUCCCGGAACCGAUUCUAUCCUAGGCCCGUCUCCUCAACAAUCAGGACCUCUUGUUUUCUCAGGUUCAGUUCGAUUGCCUCCCGCACCACCUCCUGGCCGACCUUUGUUGCCGCCAGGACCUCCACCUGGACUUCCUCCUCCUCGUUUACCUUUAAGAUUGCCUCCUGCGCCUCCUAGACUCAUACGAUUACCAGGACCACCUCCGCCCACCCUUGCAACCGGUCCAACGCCCGGUUUACCUUUAGCGGGCACACCGAAUGUUCUAUCCGCCGCGCCUCAAUUAAUCAAUCGACAAGAAACGGUCUCGUUAAGUAGCACAGGUAAACAGCGGGGGGCCACGAUCUCGGCCAAGCCGCAAAUACGAAAUCUGAGUGCGGAUGUGACGCGUUUUGUGCCGUCUACGUUACGGGUGAAACGGGAGGACAGUAAAAAACAAAAGCCGGCAGCGACUAGGGCGUUGGUGCACGAAUUGAAACAGAAGGAAAUGUCUGCACAACACGUAAUUAUGUCAGGACAACAUUUACAACAGCAGCCAACAAAAGAUGACGCAUAUAUGCAGUUUAUGAAGGAGAUGCAGGGACUUAUAUAGAUUAAUACUAGACGGAUUAGAAGUUUGUGUUGAAUAGAAAAAUACAGCUAUCUAAAAAAAAAAAAAGAAAAAACGAGUUUUUAUUUAAGGUUGAAUGAGGGUCGAUAUCAUAGUAAGUGAAUAUGUUAACUAACAAUUAAAUUAACUAAAACGCAGGAGGAACAGUAAUUAAUCUGUGAGUUGAGUAAGUAAAGCGGUGCCUUUCAAUAUCCAGUAACUUUGAAGUUCAGUUGUUGGCAGGAAAACUGCAAGGACAAAGUUGGUGCUGUGUCCGGUGGUUGAUAAAGUGCCAGCCCUCACUGAGGUUUUGUACAAAGGACAUACGUAACGGGUGUCUUUGGCCGGUAGUUUUACGACUGGCAUGAAGUGAACUGAAGGCAAUGGAGGAUUUAUUUCACCUGUAAAUAAAGUAACAAACUUUUAUCAACUGUUUAUUACCUAUUAGAAUGUAUCAAAUAAUGAAUAAAUAAAAGGAAGUAAAGUAAAAAG